AAUUCACCUUCUAAAUAAACACCUUGUAUGUACCGAGGCCAGUAUGGAAUGUUGUUGAGCAACAAGCAUUCACAUUGUUAGUGUAUCGCAAACUAUAGAAGAUUUUGUUGUGAACUAUUGGAUAUAUUACUUGGUACUGCUACUUUUCCCGAGGCAUUUAUCAAAUAUAGAUGCUGGUUGCUUCCAAGGAAAUAUACAGAUCGACGAGCACUGUCAAGGUGCAGUUCCGAAUUGAACUCUUGAACAAAAUUAUAAAUAUGCAACACAAAUCUAAACAAGAGAAAACGACAUCUUUUGAUUCUUCAUUUUUUCCUGAAUGUUGGUCCGACGAUAGACGAAUGGGUGUUUUAUUAGCGGAAUUUCGUCCAAGACAACUAAAUAUCGCGAGUUAUGAUUCAAAAAUGAAAUUCUGGAAAGAUUUGAUUUUAUCAUCAUGCCGUGAAUCUGGGUCCAGCGUGGUAUCUGUAACGACAUUGAAAGAACGCUUUCGUCGUAAAGGCACUGUUCCAUAUUGCUUAAAUACCGUAUUUCAUGAUAUGUUGUCAAAAAGAGAGCUGUGUAGUGACAACCUGCUUAAAGAUCAUGGGAAAACUGGAGUUUACGGUUUUAAUCUGUGGACAGUAGGACAGCUCAUAAAAACCCCAUUAGUAUGGAGCUAUGAAACAGUUCGAGCUAUUACAGGCUUUGUAAAUUUCAAUGAAUCUGAUAGUUAUAUCGUCAAAUCUAUUGCAGUGGUGAGUAUACUAUUUAUCAAUAUAAAAAAAAAAACAUCAUUUUUAAUAUUACCUUAACGUGAUUAUUUUAGGAACAUAUUAAAAUUAUUGAAAAUGUUGUUGCAACACACAACCUUCAAAACAAAACAAUGAAAUUUGAGGAUUUCCUAUUUAUAUUGUUCCAAUCGUCAAACAUAACUCGCAAUGGAGUCGGUCCGCCGAUUAUUUUCCUCGAAAAAGAAAAACGAUUGACGACAAAAAGUGUAAUUAUUGACGACACUAAAACUUUUCUUAUAAAAUUUGCAUCUAUUGAUGGAAUUGCUCAACCUAUUACAAGUAUUGAAAAAUCCAUAUACGAGAUUGAGCAGAGAGAGAAUCGACUGAUGGAAGAUAUUACCUCCAUCGAGCAUGAUAUAAGUCAAACAAUGGAGAAAGUUCGUCAACAUAUUCAAAACGGUCAGAAGCAAAUGGCUAAAACUUUAUUAAAAAAGAAACAUAUUCUAGAAAAAAGUAUGCAACUCAAAAUUACUGCGUUGGAUACGCUUCAAGGAAUUCUUCAAAAAAUUCAUAAUUGCCAGUCCGAUAAAAAUGUAAUCAAAGCAUAUCAAUUAGGCACCGAUGCAUUGAAAAACGUAUUGAAUACAUCAGGAAUCACAAUUGAACAAUUGGAUAAUACGGUGACUGAAAUGAAGAAUGUUUUAGAACAACAUAACGAAAUGCUUUCAAUGAUCAGUGCUGUUCCUAUUGAUGAUAUUGAUGAAUUGGAACUUGAACUGGAAUUAGGAGAUCUUAUAGAUAUGAAGCUAACUGAAAGCAAUAUUGACAAACAUAAUAUUUCAACGCCUGCACUAGUGCCUCCCGUAGAAAAUAGACCCAGCAAUGCGCAUGAUUUUGAUACAGAAAUCGAAAAACGUUUGGCAGCAUUAAGAGUCGAUAUCGAAAGCUCUAAAUUAGCUAGUAAUGCACAAUGACAGUCUAAAUGGGGUGGUCCCAUGGUACAGUCAUCAAUUCAUACAACUCAACAAGAUGGCCUUCUUGAGUUCAAGACUAGCAACUACGAUCGAAUGCGUGCAACCAUGGUUGAAUCGCGUUCCACUACGGUGGAAUCGUGUGCCACUACGAUCGAAUCAUGUGCCGCUAGCAUUGGAUUUCUGAAAGGUAAAGCAUAGUAAACUGUUUGUUUACGUUUGCAAACUGGUUCCUUCUUCGCCGAUGGCAAAUCUUUAGUAAAAUUCUACUAAUAGCUAAUUAUUCACUGAUUACACGUACAAUCCUUGUCAUCAACGAAUAUCGUGGUCCCUUAUUGAUGGUAAAAUCCUAAUUUUCGACUAAUAUUCGUGGGAUGUACCUAUAAUCAGAGAGUAAUUCCCUUUUAAUAGUAUUUUACAAACGAAAUGCCGUCGGCGAAAUAGGAAAUAGCUUUCAAACGUAAAAAAACAGUUUACUAUGCUCUUGCUUUCAGAAAUCCAAUGGUAGGGUAACUGUACCAGUUUUCGGCAGUGUACCUAUUUUCGGCAGAGUACCUAAAAACGUGAAAUUCUUCACAAAUGCGGUAAAAAAAUUCACAAAACACAAUUUUGUAGCGAAAGUGUACUUAUUUGUUAUUCACAUACGAAGUUUCACUCCAUUACAUUACGUAUUUUUCAAUCUAUCAGAUAAAUUGUGCUUUUUUUCGGCAGCUUUGCUGUCAGCCAAUCCCAAAUAGCCAGAAUUGCUUAAGCAGCUCAUUUUGGCACGCUAAAGAUCGCUGCUCUAAUUCGCCUUUUGCAGUAGAUAAACAGCAUCAAAGUUCUAUGUGGGUCUUUCAAACAGCGCCUAAGCAGCUUCCUUAAGCUACGGUGCCGGGGAUUAUUUUUCUUUGUGUUUUAUUUUCAAGCAAGCGUCAUCGAUGAAAUAAACAACAGGAUUUGUUUUGUUUGUGUACAUGUGUAUAUUUUUAAAUCUUUUGUAUUGAUAAAUUACACAAAUUUUUAAACAAUUUACUGAUAAUUCACAAUCGCUUCACUCAAUAUUCAUUCUUCAAGUAACGAAUCUAACUUGUGCAGCAGCAAUGAGAUUAUUGCCGGCGUCCGUCUUUGACACUUUGACAAGAGCCACCUUGAACCGAUGUCAUGCAUUAAAAAGCUAUAAAGUUCCACCAAGUUCAGUACCCUUUCUUAACAAGCCUUCAAGUUCCAUCAUGAACCCUACGCAUAGUGCUAAUCAGCCGCAAAGUUCCAAAGAGUACCAUGUGCCUGUUAAAAAGCUCCAUAGUUCCGCAAAGUACCGUCUAUCUCUUAAUCAGCCACAAAGUACGACAUCGGAACGAUUUUUCGUUAAACAGCCCUAAAUCAGCUAUAAAGUACGAGGUGGCUAUUUGGGAUCGUUCGGCAGGUUAUGUGAUUAAGAGAAUCAUAACAGUAAAACAAUGAAAAAAGUGGUACAUAUUAAAUAUUGUAUGCUUAUUUAAUUUAUUCUAACUUGUUCGGAAUUUUAACAUCACGAUAAACAAGUUAUUUUUCACUUUAAAUGCUGCCGAAAAUAGGUACAGGCGGUCCCCGAGAUACACGGUUAAUGGGGACCGAAAACGGCCGCAAAAUACCGCGUAUCUCGAAUUUCCGCGUAAGUCGAAUCUCGUGAUUUCCAGCUAAAAUAUCACAAAUUUUCGUGAAAUUUUGCAAGUAGGGGGUGGUUUUAGUCACUUUAUGAAUUAUUUGAUAUUAUUCUGACUGAAUAUAACUGUUUUAAACCUUUUGAAAUAGUUUUUAACAUUCGAUCAAAACGGAAAUUAUUUGGCAAUUUGCAAUUGAUGUGUCAAAUCAGUACAAUUUGCUCAAAGAAUUGUCAAAUUUAGAAAACCGCGUAUCUCCGAAUCCGCGUAUAAGAGGUACCGUGUAUCUCGGGGACCGCCUGUACACAGUAAAUGUUCAGUUUUGACAGCUCAAUUUUGUGGGCUCCUGCCGAAACUCGGAACAAUAACACACCUUGGAUUUGGCCGAAUUUUUCUUUUAAGGCUGGAAAUAGACGAACCGAGAUCAUCGCGGUACCGCGAAAAUCGCGUAUGACUUGAGCUGUCAAUUCUGUUAUAAAAUCUGACAGAUAGGCGAGAUAAUCGCGGUUCGUGUAUGGAACCAUCCGAGGUCUGGUGACGAUUGAAUGUGCCAAGAAGAAAUAUUUUUUAUCAAUUUGCGAAUCUAAUUAUUUAUUUCACAUAGUUUAUGCAAAAUAAAAUACAAAACUCAUUUCUCGA